AUGGAGGGCACGGUAAAGGUGAGUUCACAAGCCAAAGCCAGGGCAGGCGUCCAGGCAGGGGCCGGUGAGGGUCACACAGUUGCGGGGAGCCAGACCGGUUGUGCAAGGCUGGUGGCAGUCGCGCUAGGACGUCGUGAGGCAGUCGCAGAGCCCGCGGUCGUCGCGCUGGGCGAUCGGGCAGCUUCGGGGCCGGCGGACAGCGUCUGCCGGGCACAAAUCUUGGGCUCGGGCGGUGGGCUCGUCCCAAGAUACACAGGCCCGAAACGGGCAAGCCAGCCCACAGCGGGCGACGGAGCGGCUGAGCCUCCGUUGGCAGCAGGUAGCGGCAGCGACACGGGGCGCACGAUGAGCACAAUAACAGGCGACGACAAGCCGCGGCGGGCGGUGCGGGUGGAUGGCGUGCGCACGCGCUCGUACGCUCAGAUGGUGCAGGCGAGGCAGCAGCGAUGGCGCGGCGAUGCGACGAGGGCGAUUCGGUCAGGGCGAGAAGGCCUCACCGGUCCCUCGCAAAUGGUCGCAAAUGCGGGGCGUGGGGGAAGGGGCUAUCUAUGGCGUUGA